GACUAACUCCUAUGACUCUAAUCAAAAUUUCACCUUCGAGCUGGACGGUUUCCAAAUAUUUGGUAGGACCGCGGUAGAAAUAAAUUCGUGAGCCGUUGACUAUUUUUGUGGUAAUGCUGGAGUUUAUAAAAACAAAGAGAAAAUUUUCUUAGAAGAACCCGGUUUUCUACUUAUUGUGUUUAAUUCCCAUCGGUAAAUUCAACAAUUAAGAUGAAAACGUUAAAGAUUAGCGAAACGAAUGGUGUGUCGAAGAAGGAUCCUUUGGAUAUUGGCAACGAAGUGUACAUUAGCCGGAAAGAUGACGGAUUUUUCGACUAUGAAAAUAAAGAGGUUCUCAAAUCAGAGAAAAAAGAGGACCAAGUACCGCCGAUAUCUUUCUUCAAAUUAUACAGAUACUCAUCAUGGAAGGACAAACUGCUGAUAUUACUGGGCAUAUGUUGUGGGAUAGCUACUGGUUUGACAGCGCCCGCGAAUUCUUUAAUUUUUGGAAAUUUAGCGGAUGCGAUGAUCCUCCAGGGUGCUGCAAUGGGUCAAAACGACACCAGUGCAAAUUCGACGGACAUAUUUCUGGACUCAAUCAAUGAGUUCGCUUCGAACAAUGCAAUAUUAGGCGCAGUUAUGUUGAUUUGCAGUUAUAUAUCUGUCACAUUCUUUAAUUACGCUGCACAUAGUCAGAUAUUCAGAAUAAGAGGGUUGUAUCUAAAAUCAGCCCUAAAUCAGGACAUUUCUUGGUAUGACUUCAAUCAAAGUGGAGAGUUUGCCAGUCGAAUGAAUGAGGAUCUCUCCAAACUUGGUGAUGGACUUGGCGAAAAAGUUGUAAUGUUCGUUCACUUUAUAGUGGCUUUUGUUGGAUCAAUAACAUUAGCUUUCGUCAAAGGAUGGGAGUUAGCCUUAGUUUGCCUUAGUAGUUUACCUGUCACAUUUAUCUCAAUAGGGUUAGUCGGAAUUUGCACAGGAAAAUUGGCUAAAAAGGAAAUGGAUGCUUAUGGCAGAGCAGGCGCUAUUGCUGAGGAAGUGUUUAGUGCGGUUCGAACAGUAAUUGCCUUCGGUGGUCAAAAUAAAGAGGUGGAGCGGUAUAGAUCCAACUUGGUAGAUGCUACAAAAAUAAAUAUACAAAAGGGAUUUUUCUCUGGACUUGGUUUUGGCCUUUUAUGGUUCUUUAUCUAUGGGUCAUACGCUCUUGCGUUUUGGUACGGUGUAGGGUUAGUUAUCGAACAAAAAUACUGGAACCCUAGCGACAUGGUAUACACCCCAGGUGUCAUGAUAACAGUAUUUUUCUCUGUGAUGAUGGGUUCAAUGAACUUGGGUAUGGCUUCACCUUAUAUCGAAGCAUUUGGCAUUGCUAAAGGUGCUGGUGCUAAAGUUUUCAAUUUAAUAGAACAAGUGCCUACAAUCGAUCCUCUCAAUGCAAAAGGAUUGAGACCUCUACGAGCUUUAGGAAAUAUUUCAUUUAAAAACGUAUUUUUCCAAUAUCCAACCCGUCCAGACGUCAAGGUUCUCGAAGGAUUAAAUCUGUCAAUUAAAAGAGGUGAAACUGUCGCCUUAGUAGGAUCAUCAGGUUGUGGCAAAUCUACUUGUAUACAGCUUAUCCAAAGAUUUUAUGAUCCAAUAAGUGGUGAAAUCACAUUGGACGAAACAAACAUUAAGGAUCUAGACGUCAACUGGCUGCGAGAAAGGAUAGGUGUCGUUGGACAAGAACCUGUACUAUUUGGUACUACAGUAUAUGAAAAUAUUCGAUAUGGCAAGGAAGAUGCGACUAAGGAAGAAAUCGAAAUAGCCGCGAAAGCAGCAAAUGCUCACGUGUUCAUUAAGAAGCUACCUAAUGGGUACGAAACUCCGGUUGGAGAACGUGGAGCUCAACUCUCAGGUGGACAGAAACAGCGUAUUGCAAUUGCGCGUGCCUUGGUGCGAAACCCCGAUAUAUUACUGCUCGAUGAAGCCACAUCCGCUUUGGAUACAGCGAGUGAAGCUAAGGUUCAAGCAGCACUGGAGAAGGCUAGCGAAGGUCGUACUACAAUAAUCGUCGCCCACCGUUUAUCGACUAUCCGAAAUGCUGAUAGGAUUUUCGUUAUCCAAAAUGGAGUUGUUGUCGAAGUAGGAGAUCAUUACGAAUUGAUGCAGAAAGAAGGACACUAUUAUAACCUAGUUACAACACAGAUUGGCGAGGAAGAUCAAAAAGCAAGCACACCUGUUCGAUCGAAUUCCCUUGUACCUGAAAUUGACGAAGACGAGAUGGAAAUUGAAAUGGAAACCCCUGAACAAACUGAUGUUGAACUAGAAAAUGAAAAAGAAGCUUCAAUCUCAAUGUUCACUAUCAUAAAAUGGAACGAGAAGGAAAAGUUCUACAUUUUAACCGGAACACUCUCAUCGAUCGUUAUGGGUGUUGCAAUGCCGAUCUUUGCAGUAUUAUUUGGUGAAAUUUUAGGGGUGCUAUCAGCAAAGGAUGAUGAUUACAUUCGAUCAGAAACGAAUAUUUACUGUCUGUAUUUUGUAAUAGCCGGUAUAGCUGUAGGAACAGCAACAUUUCUACAAAUAUCCACAUUUAGUGUAGCUGGUGAACGUCUUACUGAAAGGAUACGUGAUAUGGCAUUUUGUGCAAUGCUACGACAAGAAGUGGGAUGGUUCGAUAAUAAGUCAAAUGGAACAGGGACACUAUGCGCUCGAUUAUCCAGUGAUUCGGCGGCUGUACAAGGGGCAACAGGACAGAGAAUUGGAACCAUAUUCCAGUCAGUUGCUACCCUUGUACUCGGUGUUGGUUUAUCUAUGUACUACGAAUGGAGAUUGGGUUUAUUAGCACUAGUUUUCACACCAUUCAUUUUAAUUGCGACGUAUUUGCAACGUAAAGUUAUGGUUUCAGAAAACUUGGGAACCAGAAAGUCAAUGGAAGCUUCUACAAAGUUGGCCGUUGAAGUUGUGUCCAGUAUUCGAACUGUCGUAUCACUUGGUCGUGAGAAAAUGUUCCAUGAUCAAUAUAUAGCCCUCCUAAAACCCGCUGUUGACAAAGCAAAAAUAAACACCCAUUUCCGUGGUUUUGUUUUCGGAUUAGCCAGAUCACUUAUGUUCUUUGCCUUUGCGGCCUGCAUGUUCUAUGGUGGACACUUAGUUGUCAAUGAUGGGAUUCCUUAUGUAAAUGUUUUCAAGGUCUCACAAGCACUUAUUAUGGGCACAGUUUCUAUCGGUAAUGCCUUGGCUUUCGCUCCUAAUUUCCAAAAGGGAUUGCAGGCGGCAGCGAAAUUUUACGCUUUAUUCAACCGCGUUCCACUUGUGACUGACAGUGCUGCCGUCAACCCAGACAAGCAUGUUGAACUUCAGGGAAAUAUUUUCUACAAGGAGGUUACCUUCACUUACCCCACUCGCCCAAACAUAGAAGUAUUACGUGGUCUAACACUACCUGUAUCAAAAGGACAAACAAUUGCGCUGGUUGGACCUUCAGGAUGCGGAAAGUCAACAUGCAUUCAACUAUUGGAGCGUUUCUACGAUGUCACAGGAGGAUCAGUAAACGUUGAUGAACAUGAUGUCCGCUCAAUCACAAUGGCUAAUCUUCGGUCAUAUUUGGGAAUCGUAUCGCAGGAGCCUUCUUUGUUUGAUCGUACUAUAGCCGAAAAUAUAGCAUACGGAGACAAUUCUAGACAUGUGACUGAGGAAGAAGUCAUUCAAGCAGCCAAAAAGGCCAAUAUUCACAACUUUAUAUCAACAUUGCCACUGGGAUAUGAGACAAGAUUGGGAGAAAAGGGCACUCAGCUCUCCGGAGGUCAAAAACAACGUGUUGCUAUAGCACGAGCUCUCGUCCGAAACCCGAGAAUAUUGCUCCUUGAUGAAGCCACCUCAGCUUUGGAUGCAGAAAGUGAGAAGGUCGUUCAAGAAGCUCUUGAUGCGGCGCGCGAAGGACGGACAUGUAUAUCAAUUGCCCAUCGGUUAUCUACAAUUGUAGAUUCGGAUGUGAUAUUCGUUAUAGAUGGUGGUGUUGUCACCGAAAGUGGAACUCAUAAAGAACUUUUGGCUAAACGAGGAAUGUACUAUCAAUUGUACAAAUUGCAGUCGGGUGCCAGAUAACAUGGUACCUUCACGACCCUCAGAUCAACUGGUUAGCUCAUUCGUCAGAUUAUCGAAACUAUCGUUGCCUUCUUCUAGUAAUACAAGUACAGGCCGCAUGUAUUUUCUUAAAGUUAGCCAUUUUACUACACUAGCGUUUUAUGUAUAUUUCGUGUCUGUUGAUAUUUAAAAUCAAAACGUACAAAAUAAAAUUAUUUUUAAAAAUUA